AUGACCACGCGGUCCAUGUCGCCUCGGCGGCGGCAUAUCCUCUCCUCAAUCAACCCAGACUUUGCACCUCUGCAAUCCCCGCCACCACCGCCGGCAGGCAGCACUGUCAAGCAGCGCCAUGAUUCCAAGGCACGGUCGUCGUCGCCGUCGUGCGACAGAGAUCGGCCUGCCUCGGCGGCGGCGCCCGCGAACGAGCACGCAGAGAAUAGCAGCCAUCAACACAGCAGCAGCGAACACCCCGUAGGCCCCCCCGACGACGAGCAGCGCCGGCACAAGAGGCCCUCCAAGUUCCGCUUCAAGUCCAAGUCGUCAAAGCACUCGAGCUCGUCGCGGCACUCGUCACACCGACACCGUGACCGUGACCGCGACCGCGACGAGCGCUAUGCAGCCGAGGAUGGGCUGGAGGUCAACCUAGGCCGCUACCGCGAGAGGGAGGGCUCCGACCAUGGUACCAGGAAUGGCAAGGACGACAACAACGACGAUGAAGACAAAGACUCGACAGCGUCCUCCUGGCGCCGCCGGCAUCGCUCUUCCCACCGCAGCCACCGCCAACGCGAGGGCGACAGCGACAGCGCCGAUCGCAACGAGAACGGCGAACGCACAGGUCACCGCCACCACCACCACAGACACAAGCGGCGCCGCCAUGGCCACCGUCGAAGCGAGCAGCCGCGCUCCCCAACGCCCCCAAACCCGCACGACCCACCGCCCCUCGACCCCGAAGCCGCCUUCCGCGAGUCCCUCUUCGACGCGAUGGCCGACGACGAGGGCGCCGCGUACUGGGAGGCCGUGUAUGGGCAGCCGAUCCACAUCUACAACAACCACAAACAGCGGUCUGACCCGAACGGCGGCGAGCUCGAGGAGAUGGACGACGAGGAGUACGCGGCACACGUGCGGCAGAAGAUGUGGGAGAAGACGCACGAGGGGCUGGUCGAGGAGCGCAGGCGGCGCGAGGAGGCCCGGCGGCGCAAGGACCAGGAGCAGACCGAGGCGGCACGGCUGACGGAGGAGAUGGAGCGCAGCCUGCGCCGUGGAGAGGAGCGGCGCAAGAGGAGGGCCUGGCUAGACCGGUGGACGAGCUAUCUCGAGGCGUGGGAGCGCUGGGAUGGCAGUGUCGAAGGGAUCGCCUGGCCUGUCGCUGACGUUGCGGCUGCGGCUGCCGGGGGGAGCCUAAAGGGCGAGGCUAAUGUCCCCGUGGUAGAUCCCGCCGCCGUGCGCGAGUUCUUCGCCACAAGCAUCAACCCCCACGACAUCGGGGAGACCGAGUUCCUAGCCCGUCUCAAGAACGAGCGCGUCCGUUGGCAUCCAGACAAGAUCCAGCAGCGGCUUGGCGGCAAGGUCGACGACGUUGUCAUGAGGAAUGUCACGGCUGUAUUUCAGGUCGUGGAUAAGCUGUGGUCGGACGCACGGUCGUCUAGAACUGGCUGA